UAAUCUUGAAAAAAAAAAGACGCGUAUACGGUAUACCCCUUAAUUAUAUUCCACAUGAUGCAAUUCACGGAGACUUUUCCUCCUCCUCCGCCGCCGUUGCACCAGAGUAGUGUUAUCAGUACUACUCCGCCUUCUUUUAACCCGAUGAACAAGAACCAAGUUUUGCGGGUCGGGUCAUGGCCCGGUUAUUUUCCUACAUCUAAGUCUCUGCAGGGGAGAUUGGGCGACGCCAAUUGCAUGGAGCAGCUGCUGGUCCACUGCGCCACCGCCAUCGAAACCAACGACGCCACCCUCGCCCAGCAGAUCCUCUGGGUCCUCAACAACAUCGCCCCUCCCGACGGCGACUCCAACCAGCGCCUCACCUGCGGCUUCCUCCGCGCUUUAAUCUCACGCGCCGCCAUGUCCGGCAACUGCAAGCUCCUCUCCGCCGUCGCCAACGUCCACGCCGCCUCCGACCCCACCACCACCUCCACCCACAGAUUCUCCAUCAUCGAGCUCGCCAGCUUCGUCGACCUGACCCCCUGGCACCGGUUCGGCUUCACGGCGGCGAACGCCGCCGUCCUGGAAGCCGUCGAGGGCUACCCGGUGGUCCACAUAGUCGAUCUGAGCCUGACCCACUGCAUGCAGAUCCCAACCCUGAUAGACGCCAUCGCCGCCCGCCUCGACGGCCCGCCGCUGGUCAAACUCACCGUCGCCGGCGCCAUGGAAGACUUCCCUCCGAUGCUGGACCUCUCGUACGAGGAGCUGGGCACCAAACUGGUCAAUUUUGCCAGAUCAAGAAACGUCGCCAUGGAAUUCAGAGUCGUCCCUUCGACCUCAUCAAACGGGUUCUCUUCUCUGAUCGACCAGCUCCGAAUGCAGCAGCUCCGCCGCGCAGAAAACGGCCGCGAAGCCCUAGUCAUAAACUGCCAUAUGAUGCUCCACUACAUACCCGAAGAAGAAGAAGAACAUCAAACCCUAACCUACGAAACCGCCGCCGCCGCCUCCCUCCGGACAAUGUUCCUGAAGGCGGUACGAGGUCUGGACCCGACGGUGGUGGUGCUAGUCGACGAGGACGCCGACUUCACGUCGGGAAACCUGGCGAGCAGGCUCCGGUCGGCGUACAACUACCUAUGGAUACCGUACGACACGGUGGACACGUUCCUGCCACGUGGAAGCAAGCAGAGGCAGUGGUACGAGGCGGACAUCUGCUGGAAGAUCGAGAACGUGGUCUCGCACGAAGGGAACCGCCGGGUCGAACGGCUCGAGCCGAAGAGCAAGUGGGUCCGGAGAAUGAGGAGCGCCGGAUUCGGCGGGGUUGCAUACAGCGAAGAAGCCAUUGCAGAAGUGAAGAACAUGCUUGAUGAACACGCAGCUGGGUGGGGGCUCAAGAGGGAAGAAGAAGAUCAUCUCGGUACUAUGAAUGCUCAUAUGGAAGGCGGUUCCACGACUCGCCCACCACUGCUUACUGGAACCAAUUACUCUUAUUGGAAGACCAAGAUGAAGAUGUUCAUCAAGUCAAUGGAUGAAGAUGCAUGGCGCACAGUUCUGACUGGCUGGAAACGACCUGUUGCCACAGAUGAAAAAGGAAUUCAAACUGAGAAACAUGAAAAAGACUGGAGCAAAAUUGAACAGAUUGCCGCAAAUAUGAAUUCCAAAGCAUUGAAUGCCAUAUUCAAUGGAAUUGAUAUCAAUCAAUUCAAAAUCAUCUCAGCAUGUGAGUGUGCCAAGGAAGCAUGGGAAAAACUUCAAACAGCCUAUGAGGGGACUACCUCUGUUAGAUUAUCAAAACUUCAGAUGCUUGCUACUCGUUUUGAGGAUCUUCGGAUGGAGGAAACUGAAACCGUGAGCGAUUUCAACUCCAAAUUAUGCGACAUCGCAAAUGAAGCCCAUGGCCUCGGUGAAACUUACCCUGAAGUAAAACUUGUUCGUAAAGUGCUGAGAUCUAUGCCAGACCGGUUCGCAUAUAAGGUCACUGCUAUAGAGGAAGCAAGUGAUGUGGACUCAUUGCGGCUUGAAGAUCUGAUCGGAAAUCUACAGACCUUUGAAAACAAGCUGAACAUCAGUAGAAUGGAUAAAGAGAGAAAAAUCGCUUUACAAACAGUGUCUGUUGUGACACCAUCCGUGCCCUCAGCUCCCAUGACAGCACUCGAAGUCAAGCUAACAAAAUCCAUGUCUCUAAUAGCCAAAAACUUCGGAGAACUCGUGAAAAUGAAUGGACAUCCCAGAAGUCCUACAAACAAGCGAGAAGUUAGAAAGGGGAUUCGAUGUAGAGAAUGUCGUGGCUAUGGUCAUAUUCAAUCUGAAUGUGCAAACACUCAGAAGAAGCAAGGAAAAUCACUUGCUACAACCUGGAGUGACGAUAACCUUGAAUCUGAUGAUGAAAGUGAAGCAAGUGAUGCUGAAACUAGUAUUGACUUCUGUGGUACAUGCAGGGUUACUGACGUGACACAAGAUGUUGUCACAUGCACUGAACCACCACACCUCAGGUAUGUUACUCGUAAUCUCGAGAGUCAUAGAAAUUUAAACACAAUUUUUUUGCCCACAGGAGAAGAAGAUUCAGAGGAUGAUGAAGAAUGCUCCAUUGAGAUGAUUCAACAGCAACUGAAUGAUCUUCUAAAGCAAUGUCAUGAGGUUAGUGAUGAAAACAAGCGUUUGAAGGAGAAAGUAAAGGAACUGGAAGAGGAGAAUGAAGCAGUUAAAGUCAACCUGAAGGCCAAAAUCGAUGAGCUUGAAUUGGAAAAUGAGGCACUGGAGGUAAAACAUGAUUUUGCUUUGAAAGAUAUUGACAAUCUAAAAGAAUUGUUGAGACAUUUGCGAAACAACGAUUGCAAUAAGACAAGGCAAAUCAAGAAAAAUCCUCAUUCAAUGAAAAAUGUUGAACCCUGCCUCAACCUGAAGUGUGACAACUCCCCUGUCGCAACAACGUUAGAGGCGUCAGUCAGUAAGUUAAAUCGCACUACGAUUCUUCCUUCAAAAAGGUUAGAUGAAAUUUUAAAUGCUCAUCCCUCAAAUCCUGAUAAACUUGGUCUUGGCUAUAUUGGGAGUAAGUUCGAUGGUAAACCUAAUCCAAAUCGAAAAAUUAAUUUUGUGAAUAAUACUGUCAAACCUACUUCACAACAUGUUGCCUCACAGUCUUAUACAAAAAAGUUUGUGCCAACUUGUCAUUUCUGUCACAAAGUAGGACAUGUUAGGCCAAAAUGCUUUAAAAGAUGGAAAUUGAUAAAUAAGAGUUUAGCAUAUCAAUCAUCCAAUUCCGCUGCAUGGGAUCACAAUUCCCAAAGAAGAUACUCUGAUAAUAAAUGGAUGAAUAAGUAUAAUGCAAACUGCUUUCCUGCUAUUCUUUCUUUAAAAGCAUGUACUACGAACUCUUGGUAUUUUGAUAGUGGUUGCUCCAAGCAUAUGACAGGUGUACCUAAUUACUUGAAGAACCUGCAUAAUGUGUCUGGUGGACAAGUUACUCUUGGUGAUGGAAACAAGGCCUUUGUGAAAGGAGAAGGUAACUUGGAUGUUGGAGGAUUACCUAACCUUGACAACGUUCUGUAUGUAGAGGGUUUGAAAUCAAACCUACUCAGCGUAAGUCAGCUAUGUGAUCUAUACGACUCAGUGUUGUUCACCAAGCGUAAGUGUGAAGUGUUUGAUCGAAACCACAGGUGUGUUCUAUCUGGUUAUAGAUCCUCUGAUAAUUGUUAUAAAAUUGAUCAAACUGACCAAGUUGAACAGUGUCCCCUCACCACCUCUGAUAUCACAGAUAUGUGUUGUCAUCGACUGGGGAAUUUGAACUUUCAGGAUCUAACACGAAAUAUCAAUGCAGGUUGUGUGAAAAGUGUUCCCCAACUAAACUCCAAUACACCAGAUUUAUAUGGCGACUUUCUAAUGGGGAAGCAAACUGAGAGCAUUGGAAGAGAAAUACCAGAAGACAAAAUCACAGAAGUAUCAGUGCCGACAUCUGAUGUCACAACUGAAGACGUUACCACUGGUAAAGAAGGUAUGAAAACUUGCAAUAAGCUGAAGGUUGACUACCAGGAAAUGGUCAGGUAUGUCUAUUUCACUUCCACUGUAGAACCAAAAAACAUCAAAGAAGCAAUUCUUGAUGAAUUUUGGGUGUUAGCCAAGCUUGAAGAACUUGAGCAGUUUUCUCGAAAUGACAUGUGGGAACUGGUUCUGAGCAAUGACAAGGUAAAGCAACUAGAGGAUGGUGUAUUUAUCUCACAGAGCAAAUAUGCCAAGAACGUGGUAAGUAAAUUUGGGUUGCAAAAGGCAAAGCCUUUAACAACACCAAUGACCUCAAUUGAGAAGUUGGGACGAGAUUGUGAUGGCACAGACGAUGAUUCCACACUAUACAGGAGCUUGAUAGGAAGUUUGUUUUAUCUUUCUGCUAACAGAUAUGAUAUUCGUUUCAGUGUAGGUAUUUGUGCUAGGUACCAAGCAAGCCCUAAAGAGAGUCAUUUGAGUGAUGUAAAGCGCAUUAUCCGAUAUGUUAGUGGAACACCCGAAUUGAGAAAAUGGUAUUCAAAAGAUACUAACAAUUGUCUUGCAGGGAACAGUGAUGCUGACUGGACAGGAGAUGUGGAUAACAGAAAAAACAUCACAGGAGGUUGUUUCUACAUGGGUAACAAUUUGGCAGAAGACGUCGGUGGUGAAGACCAUGUCGCAAUUGAAGAAGCUACUUUCAGCGCCCAUGUGCAGCUUCGCCGGCUUCAAAGGAAGCUUGAGAGCAAUUAUGGUCUUGAGGAUGAGUCAUACGCUUCGAGUGGCCACCAAUCUCUUUCAGAGCAGACUUAUGCUGCCUUUACUGCCUUGGAGUGUCUGUCUUUUCCCUCGUUGACCUAUCACUCACUGUCACAACAUUUCUUAGUGAGAACUUCAGCUUCUAUGCCUGAGCGACCAAUCAAUAUUCAUCCUAAGGUGUUGGUUGAGCAUUUUGAUGAUCCUCAAGAAGAUGCUUUGUCUGUGGCCCAGGUUGCUCUCAAGGCGAAGAAGAGUUUACUUAAUGCUUCUGGGCCCAUGACAUCUGGUUGCUCCUGA